UGAUCCCAUGCCAGCGUCUUGAAGGGGUCUGUGCACCGCUUGGGGUUGCACAUGCAGCAUUUGCAGCAUGGUGGUUCCGAGAGGGCUGCAGAGCGGUGCAGGCAGCCUGGAGCAGGGGCGGACACGUCUGCGGCGGGUCCAGAGAGCCAGGGGGUGGAGGGCGUGCUGCUCUUCUAUGCCUACAGGGACCUGAGCCGGGGCGGCGCGAGGGAGGCUGCGCGCGACUGGUUCCAGGCGCUCUGCACCGAGCAGGGCCUUGUGGGGCGGGUGCGCAUCGCUCUGGACGGCCUGAAUGCCACGCUCGGCGGCAGCCUGGCAGCCCUGCGGCAGCACGCCGAGGCUGUGGAGGCUCGGUUUGGGGCUGGCGGCGCGCCCAUCGAUUUUAAGCUGGCCGAGAGCAGCGGGCGUAGGAGCGCAGCCACGAUGCGGCAGUCGGGCUUUGACCGGCUGUCGGUGCAGAUGUGCAAGGAGGUGGUGAGCCUGGGCCUCCCCGACUUCCUCCCGUCUGCCACCAGCAACGACGACGGCGGUGGCGAUGCCAGCCUGGUGCUGCCGGCGGGCGCUCGGCACGUGGAGCCCGAAGAGUUUCAUGCCAUGCUGGCAGCGGCGGCAGGUAGCGGCUGCGGCAGUGUUGCGCGCGGUGGCGGCAGCCAGGGCAGCGAUGGAGGCAGCAGUGUCGGAGGGAGCAGCAGGGAGACUGUGCUGAUCGACACCCGCAACUUCUACGAGACGCAAGUCGGGCGCUUUGAAGUGCCUGGAGUUGCGCUGCUGGACCCGCAGGUCCGCUGCUUCUCAGACACGCCCGCCUGGCUGGACGCCAACCAGCACCGCCUGGCCAACCGCCGCAUCAUGAUGUAUUGCACGGGGGGCGUGGUAUCCAGCGGUACCUGGAGGCCCACCCAGGCGGCGGCUUCUUCCGUGGCUCCAACUUUGUGUUUGACGAGCGAGGGGGCGUGGAGGGAGGCAGCGGCGCAGCAGCAGGCGACGGCGGCGGCAGGCAGCGGCGGCAGCGGCAGGCGGCUGCGCAUCCUGUGCCUUCACGGCUUCCGGCAGACGGCCCGAAACUUCGAGGGACGCACGCACGGGCUGCGGAAGCGGCUGCGAGAUGUGGCUGAGUUUGUUUUUGUGGAUGGGCCUCACCAGCUGCCAGCUUGGACCAAACCGCCAGCAGCGGGAGAGGCAGGGGCAGAGGCAGAUGCAGAGGCAGGGGCAGUGGCAGAGGCAGUGGCAGAGGCAGGAAGAGGCCCUUCACCUGGAAGCCCCCCAGUCAGGCAGGAGAGUCAGGAAGCAGCAGUUGGUGACCUGGAUGCUGAGCUAGCGGCUGAGCUGGCGGCCAUCCUGGCACAGCAGCAGGCCGACUGUGAGGACCCGACGGAGGAGGAGCAGCGGCAGCGACAGCAGCAGCCCCAGCGGCAGGGGCGGCAGCAGGAGCAGCAGGGGCAGCUUGGCGGCCCUCCCCGCCGCGCCUGGCUGCUUGUGCCGGAGCAGUAUGCAGCACUUCAACACCCGCAGCAGGAGGAGGCUCAGGAGCAGCAUUCCAACAGCUCAGCAGCGCCUGGGCCCGGCCUGGCUGCCGGGUAUGUUGAUGAGUGGCAGUUCCAGGCGCAGACUGCCGGGUGGCGGCAGUCUGAGCAGCUGCUGUCGCGGGUGCUGGGGGAUCAGGGGCCCUGGGAUGGCGUGCUGGGCUUUUCGCAGGGCGCAGCGGUGGCGGGCUUCCUGGCGGCGCGGCAGUGGCUGGAGGCACAGCAGCAGCAGCAGCAGCAGCAGCGACACCACCACCACCACCACCAGGAACAGCAGCAGCAGGAGCAGCAGCAGCAGGAGCAGCAGCAGCAGGAGCAGCAGCUGGAGCAAGAGGGAUUCGUGGGCGCCGCUCGUCCUGGAAGCAGCCGCCCGCUGCUGCGGUUUGCGAUCCUGUGCUCGGGCUACCGCUCGCCGCUGCCGGAGCACCGCCGAGUGCUGAAGGCGGCGGCCGCGGCGGGCGGCGCCGCGCUGCCCACCCUGCACAUUUACGGCACAGGCACGGCCGGCUGGGGCGAAGACCGUCAGAUUGGCGCACAGCACAGCGCUGAGCUGGCAGACUGCUUUGACCCCACACAGCGGUUUGUGGUGCGGCACGCCGGCGGCCACGUCAUCCCUGCCAGCAAGGCGGUGGCGGGGCGCCUGCACGACUUCCUGGCACACGUGCAGCACCAGGAGCAGCAGCAGCAGCAAGAUGCGGGGCAGCAGCAGCGGUGCCCCAGCAGCAAUGCCCUUGAAGGCAAACACCCCGCCCAGGCCGAUGGCCGCCAGCUGGGCAAAGAUGAGCACCUGGAAUUGCGUAUGGCAGUGCGCCAAGCAUUCCGUGAGGAGCUGGCGAAGCCGCCAGGGCAGCGAGACCCGCAGCGCGUUCGUGACCUGUGCGUUCAGGGCCUCCGUUUAAUUAUAGAGGAUUGCGAGCUACACGAGAAGCUGAGCGCAGCCCUGGAACGGCGCCCGAUCAGGCUUGUGGCAGUAGCGCACCUGGAGCUUCCUCAGGGGACACUGGAGGAGAUGCGGGGUGUGCCAGCCAUGGACCUAUGUUCCACCUGCCACAAAAACUUGGACUUGAUAGAGAUUGUGGAGGAGCAGUUGCGGCAGUACGAGCAACAGUGGGUUGAUGGAUACCGCAAGUCGGGCUGCUGCCUGGGGAGGCGGCAGUGGCAGCAGCAGCUGAGCAGCAGCAGGCGCCGGCUGGCACCCCGCACGCUGCUGCGGUUUGCGAUCCUGUGCUCGGGCUACCGCUCGCCGCUGCCGGAGCACCGCCGAGCGCUGGAGGCGGCGGCCGCGGCGGGGGCCAAUGACCGACAGAUCGGCGCCCAGCACAGCGCUGAGCUGGCGGACUGCUUCGACCCCACAGGCGAGGGUCCCUUGCCAGAGAAACGGGAUGGGCGGUUUGUGGUGCGGCACGCCGCCAGCCACAUCAUCCCUGCCAGCAAGGCGGUGGCGGGUCGCCUGCGCGACUUCCUGGCACACAUGCAGCAGCAGCAGCAGGGGCGGCGGCAGGAUGCGGGGCAGCAGCAGCGGGUGACAAUCUAG